AGCACACCCGGGAUCUGGUCACACAGCAGCAAAAGCAUUUAUUUCGCACGCAAAAUAAAAAUAUAAUGAAAAGAAAUUAUCGAAAUUCCUGGCGUUAAAAGGGAUCCACUGGGACACGAGCCUAGUUUUGAAUCCGUAGGAAGUGAGUGAGCCGCCUGAGAGAGAGCGAGCGAAACAGAGAUCGAGCGGGAGAGAGAGAGUGGAGUUCGGAGCACUUGAAGUGGAUCACUGGUCCUGUUUAUCCACCCGCAAUGAUGCCCUACAAUGUGCGGAACGCCGGUGGCGGCAGCGUUGGCGGAAUACUCCGCCGCACGGGCCAUGGAUCCGGAUCCGGGUCCACAGUGCUGAGCAAUGGAAGCACUGCGGGAGCAGCUGGAGUCGGAGGAUCCUCCUCCAACCUAGAAAACCAACGACAAACGCCGCUGGAACUCCUCGUUUUUGGUUACGCCUGCAAGAUUUUCCGGGAUGACGAGAAGGCCCGUGAAAUGGACCACGGCAAGCAGCUAAUUCCCUGGAUGGGCGAUGUAAAUCUCAAAAUAGACAGAUACGAUGUGCGAGGCGCGCUCUGCGAACUGGCGCCCCACGAAGCGCCACCAGGUGGAUAUGGCAACAGAUUGGAGUAUCUGAGCGCCGAAGAACAGCGCGCCGAGCAACUUUGCGAAGAGGAGCGCUACCUGUUCCUCUACAACAACGAGGAGGAGCUGCGACUGCGUCAAGAGGAGGACCUCAAGCGUCUGCAGCAGGAGACCUCCGGCGGCAACUACAGCCAGGUGGGCUUCCAGUACGAUGGCCAGUCAACGGCUUCCAUCAGCGGAUCUUCCACGGCGCCCUCCCAACUAUCGCCGACUUCCGAGGAUAGCGAGCUACCCUUCGUCCUGCCCUACACCCUGAUGAUGACUCCUCCGUUGGGCAUGCAGCUGCCGGAUACGAUGAAACAGCACGCCAUUAUCGAGAAGACGGCUCGCUUCAUCGCCACCCAGGGCGCUCAGAUGGAGAUCCUGAUCAAGGCGAAGCAGGCGAACAACGCGCAGUUCGACUUUCUCACCCAGGGUGGCCACUUACAGCCCUACUACCGUCACCUUUUGGCAGCAAUCAAGGCGGCAAAAUUUCCGCCCGCUCCGGAAACUCCGCUGGAACAGCAGAAUCCCGACCAAGAAUCGCAAUCAAAUGACUUCCACAGCGGUGAGGUCGCGGAAGGAAGGAGGAACCUCAACCAAGUGGUCAUCACGGUGCCCACUAUCAAGUACAAACCCUCCGCUAACUGCGCAUACACCCAACUAAUUAGCAAGAUCAAGGGCGUUCCCCUCCAAGCCGUUCUCCUGGAAGAUGAGUCCAGUAAUCCUGAAGGAAAUUCACAACACUCGGGCGGCACGGCCUCGCCUACGCCCAGCUGCCGAUCUGAAGGUCAUAACAGCCAGGGUGGCGAAUUUACGCCCGUUCUGCUUCAGUACAACGGGAGUACCUUCACCCACGAGGAGGAGGUAACGGUCCAGGAACAGCCAGAAAACGAGUGCAACAGUGGCGAGCCACCGCAGGUGGAGCUGCUUAAGAACUCGAGUGCUCUGGCUUUAGCCCAGAACUACAGCUCCGAGAGUGAGGAGGAGGAAGAGCCUGUGCAGCAAGAGAAGGAGCUGGUAAAGAAACAGGAGCCCGUGCUGACGUUCCCCGUUCCGGAGGAGAGUCUGCGACACAUAAUUGACAAGACGGCCACGUACGUAAUCAAGAACGGUCGUCAAUUCGAAGAGACCCUACGCACGAAGAGCGUGGAGCGUUUUAGUUUUCUGCUACCGGCCACCGAGUUCUAUGCAUACUACCUGUACAAGGUGACGGGCGAUGUGGACGCGGCUUCCAAGGAAGAGAAGACUCGCAAAGCGGCCGCUGUGGCUGCCGCCUUGAUGUCAAAGAAGGGUCUUAGUUUUGGAGGAGCGGCAGCUGCUGCGGCUGGGAACAAUCUGGAUAAGGCUCCUGUAAGUUUCUCCAUUCGCGCUCGGGAUGAGCAUGGUCCAUUGCAACCCACUCUUCCGCAGGAAGCCAGCGACGAGGAAGCCAGUUCGAUUGCCGGGGCGGAGCAAGUGCGUCCGGGCAUGCCAGACAGUGUCCAACGGGCCAUCAAGCAGGUGGAGACGCAAUUGUUGGCAAGGACUGCCGGCCAGAAGGUAGGAGGGAGCUCCUCCACGGCUUCCUCUUCCUCUUCUUCGCCUCAGAAAGAGCAGCGCCAAGCUGAGGAGCGCGUAAAGGACAAGCUAGCGCAGAUAGCCCGCGAGAAGCUGAACGGGAUGAUCUCCCGGGAAAAACAAUUGCAACUGGAACGAAAACGUAAGGCCAUGGCCUUUCUAAAUCAGAUAAAAGGUGAGUGUGCCACUGUGGGCUCUGCGGUUUCAGGUGCUGCUCCGAAUCCUCCAGAGCCGGCGGCAGGAGCUUCCCAAUCGACUGCCGCCGAUAGUGACAAUGAGUCCAACGAAUCUGUGCGCUCCAUACCCAUUACCUACUUUGGACCCGACGACGAUGACGAGGUGGGAGAUACGAAGCCUGAGGUGAGACUUGAAAGGGAAAUGCAUGAGGACGAGGAGGACGACGAUGAUGACGAUGGCGGCGAUCUGGAGAAGUACAAUCUGCUGAAUGAUGAUAGCACGAAUACCUUCACCAGCAAACCCGUUCUCCCUCCUGGGGCUCCUCCUCCUGUUGCUGCCGUUCUACUCUCCGACGACGAUGACGUGCAGCUGGUAGCCACAUCCUCCUCGCGAACUUCCAGCUCGCGGCACCGCAAAACUCACCGCCGAAGCAGAAGUCGAAGUCGGAAUGACAGGAGCAGUCUCAGUAGCGCUUCCAGUCGAGAAUCGUCCCACCGACGGCGGCAAAAAAGCACCAAACCGUCCAAGAUGCCAUCAUCGAUCCAGGUCAGAAAAUCGCAGCAACAAACAACGCAGCGAAGAAAGAGUCCCAAAAAGAGAAGGCGGAGCAUUGGGAGAAGCCGGUCCAGGAGCAUACGGCGGAGCAGUAGCAGAAGCAUAUCACGGACGAACCGGCGUAGCAGAUCCCGCAGCUUUUCCACUAGUCGAGAUCCGGAACAGCGACGCCAGCAGCAACGACAUCGCACGCCCACCAAGAAGACCCACAAGCGACACAAGCGACGCCGGCGCAGCAGCUCCCCCCGAUGAUCCACGUGGUACCCCUCAUCCACCUCCACAUUUCAAAGUUUUUCGUAGUUCUCCACAAGUUGUAUCAAAUAAAGCACCAACAUAUUUUUGUAAA